AUGAAAAUGCAUAGGAAGCAGAGGUUUAGUGGGGCUACCACAGCAGUAUAUACUCACAGAAAACCAAAACGCACAAAGUCUUUAAUAGAGCCGGUGCUUGUUAUAACAAGACCAAUGUCGCAUAUGGGAUUUCAAGGUGCCCGGCAUAUGCAUCCGGAGCGCCUACCUACAAAACAACGCGAAAAAGCAGUGUCUCUUCGGCUUUUCGACUUGGAGAAAGAAACGAUAGACAAUGUUCAAAACCUUGCUGAGACUAUAAAAAGGUUGAUGAUUCCAAGUCUUAACUUAAAAUCCAUACCUGAUCACUUAGUAGACAAAUUAGUUAACUUAGAAAAGUUGGACUUAAGUCAUAAUAGUAUUCCUGAUGGAGGCCUUCCCGAUUCUAUGAAAUUGCUAGGAAAUCUUGUUGAACUCAACCUCACCGAUAACCGGCUGACGAAAGUGCCGGCGUCAUUGAAGAAAUUAAAGUGUUUGUCUAGACUCGAUUUGAGUUACAAUAAUAUCGAAUCAUUGAAAGGUCUAGAAAAAGCACGACGUGUUCAAAUAUUGGUCGUCGACCACAACAAACUCUCAGGGGUGUUCAAGGACAUUAGCCAUAUGAGAAAGCUGGAGGUGUUCCGCUGUAGCCAUAACAACCUCCGUGAAAUAGGGACAGAUGUGCGUCAGCUCAAAAGUUUGAAGGACAUGGAUUUGUCCAGCAACAAAAUUGUCGUUUUACCUACAGACGUGUUCAUGUUGCCAAAUCUAGAUGCUUUGAAUGCUAGUCACAACAAAAUCACCAAAGUUUCUUCCUUCAACGUCAGAGUUCACAAUAAACAUUGGGUAUCAGAAGUGGACUUGUCGGAAAACGAUAUCACCAAUUUUCCAGGUCAUCUGCUACAAAUGUCAAUGAAACUUGAUCUGAGUAAAAAUAAAAUAAAAAAGCUUGAUAUGAACGCCAUGAAACAACUAGAAAGAAAUCCUGACCAAGAUUUGUUCGUGGACGACAAUCCUCUUACAUUUCCUCCCCCAGAUGUCACGGGGAUGCGUUCGAUACUGCAGUAUAUGCAUGAGGCGCGCAUAAAUGCCACGGUGUAUAGAGGUGUAAAGGUGGUUGUGUUAGGUUCAACAAAGAGCGGUAAAACGAGCCUGGUGCAGUCACUUGUUGAUCAGCAAGGUCGACUGGUGGACAAUGCAAAUGAAAUCAACGCAGGUGUUGAGGCGUAUGAUAUGCGCAUAGACUAUGAAGAUCAUAAAGCAGAGCAGGGAAAGUAUUUGCAAUUCAGCAUUUGGGAUUUUUGUGGUGAUCCAUUUUAUUUAUAUCCUCAUUAUAUGUUUCUUGAGCAACCUUCCAUUGCAAUAUUGACUUUUAAUAUGAAGCAAUACUCGUCCAGCAAGUUCGACGAGAUGAUUGGAUCUUGGUUCGAUUGGAUGAUAGCAAAAACCAACAGGCUGGUAGUACUUUUAGUAGGAACACAUAGUGAUCUUGUAUCAGAGACACGUCUGAAGCAGAUAACAUUCGACGUUAAAGCCAGAUUAGACACUUUCAGACAACACCAUGAGAACCUAAUCAAACGACGGAUAGCAAAGAUAGACGCUAUCCCCGAAAUCAAGGCGACUCACUCUGAUCAGCUGAUCGCCCUCAAAAGGUUACUAUCUUGUACGGAAACACUACAGAUCCAAACUGACCUCAUUGUGACGAGUGCAAAGGAUUACGUUGGAUAUGAUCAGCUUCGAACUGCUCUAGAUGAACUAGCCAACAACAAGAAACUUUUCCCAGAUGUUAUGACUGUAGUUCCAACGUUUUGGGUUGAGGUUCAAAAUUAUAUUGAAGAAAAGGGCAACACCAUGAUCGUACCCAUCAUGAAAUACGAUGAUUUCUUUGAUGAAAUUACCGACAAAUUUGGCAUGAAGAGGAUGAUGAAGGAUAUAACGACCUACCUCCACGAAACCGGCAGAGUUAUGUGGUUUGCCAAUAACCCUGUCCUUUCCGAGUAUGUGUUCCUCAGACCAUCCUGGCUAUUUGAACUUCUCCGCCAUGUGUAUAGACACGACCAGAAGACUGUACUAAACUACGACACGAAUGAUUCAUUCAAAGCCAUCGGGUUUAGCACCAACCGCUUUGAACGCUACAAGAAAAUGCUGCUGGAAGAAGGUAUCAUGGAAUCCGAGAUGUUAAGAGGAAUCCUUGGACACUUGUUACCGAUAGAUGACGACAGUCCGUUUGGGAUCGUGGAAACAUUACUCAUUGAUGCGUUCCAAGUUGGUUACCCCAUACAACGACGAAAGGACAACACAUAUAGAUUGUAUGUGGAUCCGGACGACGACGGCAACGUCCAAGUGACCAAAAUACUCAUGCCAUGGCUCAGAAAAGUUGAUGAGUCUAAUGAUUGUCAGGAAAAAUGGGAAAAAAUCAAAAACAGGAAAAAGUUAGUAGCUCUUUUGCAUUUUCCAAAAUACAUGCCACCAGGUUUGUUUGAAAUCAUAAGUGUUCGUUGCCAGAAGAAGAAAAAGAACAAUCUAAAAUAUCUUGCUCACUGGGGAGGAGGAGUGCUCGCCGAACACAUGGAGGAGAUAGUGUUAGUUAAAAUAAGCUACUGUCAGAGCAGUAAAGGACGAGGAACCAACCUUAAGUUUGAGGUUCGUGAUAACACUAAGGAGGACGCGUAUGAGGACACACCGCCCUCCAACAUGUGGACCGUGUUACUUCCACUACUGAUGGAGUUCGAGGAAGUCAUCAAAACCUAUCACGGGGUCUUGGUCGAGAGACUGAUGCACUGUCCACGCUGUGAGGAACCUUCCUUCAUUGGGGAAUGGCUUACACCCUCUGACACACAGACGCUAGAAACCAAAGAAUGUGAUAUGUGCAAAGAACACGUGGAUCCAGCAUAUCUCGUGCAGCCGCGCGAGAAGAAGCGAGACCGAAUAAAUGAUGUCCUUGCAAACCUAAGCAAGGUUCGUGCCAGGAGGAAGGCAGCGUUGAUCAAAGGUAAAACCCUGCAAUCAAUGCUUUUGGAUGACGAGGAUGUGGUGGAGGAAGGGGGCGAUAAGAAGGACGAGGAUGCCCUGGCUGUCGGAGGGCGUCGACGGGGAGGAGUGCUUCCUCCUCCUGACCUUUCUAUCCUGGCCCUACCUCCAGGGUUAGCACUUGCUGGACUUGGGGCGACCGGUGACGAAAACGAACAUCAACAACCGGAAGCGGAUGUUGCAAAUGCAAUAAAAGAGGAAUUCGAGGAGCAGGAGGAGGAAGAUGAGGAGGAAUAUAAUGAUGACGAGGGACCUCCGUCUCAUCUUGCCUCUGAUCUUGCAGCCUUCCAAGAUCAUCUCCGAAUGUUAGCUACGCAAGCCAAUCCAGAUAUGCAGUUUGAAGAUGACGAUGAGGAAGACGAUGAGGAAGAGGAGCUCUAUUUUGAUGACGAAAAUGAAAUAGAGGACAGCGGUCGAGCAGGAAAAUGUACAAUCGACGGCUCAACACAAACUUCAAGAAGACGUUGA